AUCAUUGUGCUCAUUUUCAACAAGGCAGCCAUUAUGCUGGUCACUACGUGCCGUCACUGCUCACCCGAUACCAUACUGAGAAUGGCGACGGACAAGCGUUUGAAGCAAUUGGAAAGGGACUGCAAAUUGGCAAGCAACAACGAGCCCCAAUGUACCAACAAAGAUGACGUUGAAAAUGCUUGGAAAGAAUUUUCAAAACUCUCGGAUCGCUAUAAGGAGGUAAAUGAAGAGAGGGCUUGUGAUUCAUCUACGAGGUCACCUGAGUUUUUAUUCAAUUGUGAGCAGUUCCAGAUUCGACCGGAAAGCGAGCAUUUUGACGCACCAUAUCCAAUUCGUACGAGGAGACAAACGUGCAAAACAAAAUCGUCUUUGGAGCUGAACCAACUUGCUCAUGACUUUGGCACACAUUGUGAGAGAGACAACAUAUGUCUACCUGAUGAGGAUCUGCCAGCUGGACCCCAGCGAGAUGGAUUCAAGGAACUGCAUGCUGCCAGAGCCAAAAAGUAUUCCAACUAUCUCACGCAACUUUUUCGCUGCUACGGCCGUCUCUGA